ACAUUUUAUCAUCUCAGAAACUUGGAAUCAAUCUCUUUCUGAUUUUCUUUUCUUGCUGGAUUUUUUUAUGUGCGGAUUUAUGAUGGAGAAUUAAAAUGGUGAGGAAGAAAAAGCUGCUGGUGUUCGAAAUUUGUGGAAGCAUGAUGUGGGAUGGAUAAACAACAACAAAACUCUAUUAUGGCCUCUAAUGACCCUGACCUUCCUGACCUCUCUGGUGACCCCCAGCCUGGCGACCUCAUUGAGAUCUUCAGACCAGCCUAUCAGCACUGGGCGCUCUACCUGGGUGAUGGUUACAUCAUCAACCUCACUCCUGUUGAUGAGAACCAGGCAGCCGCCAUGUCCAGUGUGAAGUCCGUCUUCAGCCGGAAGGCAGUGGUGCGCAUGCAGCUGCUGAAGGAGGUGGUGGGAAGCGACUCGUACCGUGUCAACAACAAGUACGACCACAACCACACACCCCUGGCCAUCUCUGAAAUCAUUCAGCGAGCUCAAAACCUCAUUGGCCAGGAGGUGUCUUACGACCUGCUGGGGAGCAACUGCGAGCACUUUGUUACCCUUCUGCGCUACGGGGAGGGGGUGUCCGAGCAGGCUACACGGGCCAUUGGGGCCAUCAGUUUGGUGACAGCAGCAGCCAGUGCCUUCUCUGUCCUGGGACUAAUCAACACACGAUCCAGAAACAGGCCUUUCUGA